UAGAAACCCAAUAAAAAUUAAUUUGUAUUAACCAAAACGUAAUAAAUAAUUCUUUUAAUGAAAAUUCUACAGUAUCACAGUAAGACUCGGAAGCAGAGUAAUACCAAAGAAGUUGCAUGCAAACUGUGGGGUCCACAAGCUGGUAUUUCCACUAUUUAUAGGUAACUGACUGGAAAAUUUCUAGUAGUAGCAGACGGUGAAACUUUCUAGUAGUCCACAAGCUGGUGUCCAGUUGGACAAUUGGGAACUGGAAUUAUGACUAUGCUGUUUGAGGUGCAUUGAACAUGAAGAUUCUGACAUAGAAGAUCUCUAUACCGAAGCGCAGGAAAUGCUGGCAUAUCUUCAGCAAAAAACAUACAGAGGCUCGUGGUCCAAAAGAAGUUAAGAAAGAAGUUUUAAGGAGAGAUUUCACUAUGGAGGAGCUUGAAGAAGAAAUGGCAUCCUUGGGAUUUGGGGGACCUAACAACCAUUUCAAAGAUAUCAUUUUGAGAUUAGUUCUCCCUCGUACCUUACCUCGGGAUUUAGCAAGAGAGAUAAGGGUCCAACCCAUAAAAGGCUGAAUCAUUCACGGGCCACCUGGAAUUGGAAAAACACUGGUUGCAAGACGCUUAUCCGAAAUUCUCAAUGCAAAAUUAAAGGCCGUGAGAGGGCCGGAGAUCAUAAGCACUCUCGUAGGAUCAGGUGAAAAGAAUCUGAGAGAUAUUUUUGCACCAUCAAUUAGAGAUUUAGAGCAAAUGGGUGAUGAAAGUCCUGUUCAUGUAAUCAUAUUUGAAGACAUCGAUGCGAUUGCAGGGGUUGAUGGCGUUAGGGAACAAACCAAUCUGUUGGUUGUGGGGACAACUAGUAGGAUUGAAUUGAUUGAUGACGGCUUGUUGAGACCAGGGAGAUUUGAAUUGCGCUUGCAAUUAGAUCUACCAGAUGAAGAUGCACAGCUGAAGAUCCUGCAAGUCAAAUCGAAAAGGAUGCAGAGAAGGAUCUUUUUCGAUACUGACAUAGACCUUUCAGCCAUAGCUUCUGCAACUGAAGGACUCAGCAUAGUCGAUGUUGAGGGUUUGUUACAGACGGCUUGGGAAAACGCAUUGUUUCGUGGUUUUCAAGGACAUAUGUCACGUCCUUAGUCUUAAACUAAGUGCACGUGCGGCACUUGACAACUCACUCACGAUCUUGCAUAACUUGCUCACGUUCUUGCUAUGCCAAGUCAGUCCUACUACACUCAUAAUCGCUAAGAAAUGUUAGAACACAUGAGAAUUGCCAAAGGAAGCUUUUGUAUUAGAGAGAACUUGAUUGUUUUGCUUGGUUCCUGAAUUACAAAUGAAUGCCCCCUAUUUAUACUAA